ACACUCCCUCACUCAUCAGACAUCUUGUUAGCAUAUAUGGGGCAGAGCAAGGGGAGGUAUAUGUGUGUGUGUGUGUGUGUGUGUGUGUGUGUGUGUGUGAGCGCGUGUGUGUGUGUGUGGCAGGGAGUCAGUGGGUGUCUCCAGAACAGGAGCGCUGUAGAAAGUGACAGAACUGGAGUGAUGAGUGUUUGUGACAGUAAGGCAAAGAGGAAGACAGAACAGGAAUUUGGAACCGUGAACGUAACCUAACAUCUAGGUUUUGUUGUUGUUGCAGAACUACGUUUUUCCAUGCUGCCCUAAUACUAGAGCACCAAUGUCAAACAUGUCCGUCACCUCAAAUGCCUCAGAGCUGAUCUGUCCCCUGCUACGUGAGAUGAAGAACCACAGCCUCAACAACAACACAAAGGCCAAUAUGGUGGUGGUUUGCAUCCACGGUCUGGUCUCCUGCCUGGGGAUUUUGGAGAAUGCCCUCAUCCUCUGGGUGGUGGGCUUCCGCCUGCGCCGCCGCACCGUAGCCUCUGUCUGGGUGCUCAACCUGGCCAUGUCUGACUUCCUGGCAACUCUGACGCUGCCCCUCUUUACCUCAUACCUUUACUCCUCACAUAGCUGGGAGCUUGGCAACCCUCUUUGCAAAAUACAGGCUUCCAUCUUCUUCUUGAACAUGUUUGUGUCAGCCUUCCUGCUGGCAGCCAUUUCACUGGACCGCUGUCUUCUGGUGGCCAAGCCAGUGUGGAGCCAGAAUCAUCGGUCAGUGGCAGGAGCGUGGAAGGUGUGUGUAUUGGGUUGGCUGUGGGCAGCAAUUAAUACAUUACCUUACUUUCUGUUCCGCUCAGUUACCACAAAACAGGAUGGCAGGAAACUAUGCUAUCAUAAUUUUGCCUUCUAUUCAUCUUCUGAAGACCUGAUGAGAAAUUGUGAAGUGAGACAGGCAACAACAGCCAUCUCCAAGUUGCUGCUAGCAUUCCUGUUCCCCCUGGUGGUGAUUGCAGGGAGCUACAUCCAAAUUUGUGUCAGCCUGAGGAACAGGAGGAGGAGGAGGAAGCAGAGUGCCAACAGGCUCACUGAUGCACUGAUUGUGUCAAACAAAGAUGGGACAGCGGGAACUACAAAUACCCCUACAACCACAAAAAACACUAAUAUCUUUCUCAAGCCUCUGGCCUCCGGUCCAUCUUUGUCCCCUACUUUGUCCCCUAUUAGCUCUAAUCCGACCAAUCACAGUCAGCUGUCCCAGAGCUUUACCAAGAUGGUGACAUUUGUGGUUGCAGCAUUUGCACUGUGCUGCGCUCCCUAUCACAUCUUCUGCAUGAUCGAAGUGACAGCCCAGUACUGGGAAAAAAAUCUCGGCGUGGUGGAGGUGGGACUGCCCCUAGCCACAACCAUUGCAUUCUUGAAUCCAGUGUUGAACCCUAUUCUGUACGCUUUCAGCUGCCCAAACUUCUGUGUGAGAAUACGACAGAGUCUGGGAGCAGUGUUUGACGGUCUGGUAGAGGAAGGAGGGGAGUUACUGAUGGUGCCAGGGAGAAGUUUAAGAGCUCAUAUUAGGCGUAAGAGCAGUCGAGAUGUGAGCCUUCCAAAUCCAGGGUCAUCAAAGGGUUCAUGUUCACCCUGUCAAUCACGUGACAUCCAACCCCCCAUCCCGCUGCCUCCACCCACUGAAGGCCUCAAAGACAGUCACAUGGAGCAUACAAGACAAGAGUGAAAAAAUGAGGUGGAAUUUAGUUGAGACACUAUUGGAUUUUUGGCUUCAUGAUUGUUUUAGUGAAAUACUUGUCAUGUCUUAAUGUACAUGUAGGCAAUAUUCAAUGGAAGCCCUCUGACCUAUCACAUGCUUUUUGUGGCCACCACAAAAAGCAUGUGGGACAGGAAUUAGUAGUAUAGUAUUAAACAUGGCUCUAUGGAUGGCAGUGUUGAUCUCCAGACUGAGAUUUCUCAACUAUUAUUGGAUGGAUUGCCAUGAAAUUUGUUACAGACAUUCGUGGUCCCCCUCAGGAUGAAUUGUAAUGACUUGAUUCUCUGACUUUUCAUCUAGUGCCAUCAUCAGGUCGACAUUUCAUUUUGGCCAAAUACCUGCAAAACUAAUGACAUUCCCAUUUGCCUCAGCUGUACUUUGUGUUUUGUGCUAAUUAGCAAAUGUUAGCAUGCUUGCAUGCUGAACUAAGAUGCUGAUCAUAUGUGAAAACAUUACACCUGCUACACAUCCGCAUGUUAGCAUUGUCACCGUGAGCAUGUUAGCAUGCUGAUUUUAGCAUUUAGCUCAAAGCAUUCCUGUACCUAACUGCAGCCUCACUGAUCUGAACGCAUGGCUGUAGGCUUUUGUCUUGUUGUUGUAUUAUGUAUGUAGGGACCUACCCCAAUAUUUGCUUUUAGACCACAUUUAAAUCUUGUCAAAAAUAUUUUGCACAGCAUUGAAUGGCUUCACUCAUCACCAUAAAUGAAACUUAUUUUUGUUUGCCGGUAUCACUGGUAUGAAAUUUUGUGCAUUUUGUGCAGACAUAAAUUAUUGCUCUGGUUUGGUUGCUUUGGUUUUUCAGUCACUUUUUUCAGUCAAAGGGUUUACCAAAAAACCUUUUAGUGAAGUCUGCUAACAUGUUGCUGUAGAUUGGGGGUUCAUGCUAUGCAGAUAUCGGCCACCAGAGAGCAGUAUAGCACUUAUUACAUAGACACAAAUCAUAAAGUAGGAUUAUGCUUUUCAGGUCCUGUAAUCCAGGAGCACUUUAAAUCUGAACUGCUGAACGACUGACCACCUUUCUGAGUGAUUGGAUUUUAUCAUAUCUGAUUUCCAUUUUGAUUAACUGUCUCAUCACCGCCGCCGCAAGUGUCUGGUUCCAUCACACUCAGUCGGACACACCCACACACAGGCUCAGGUGUAAUGUAGGCCACAGCAGUGCGGGAUUACCAUGGAGGUAGUUGUAAUUUGGAGAGAAUACUGGAGAGUGAAGAUCCAGAAUAUAAAGACAGAGCAGGAUUAAACCUAACGGGUCAGACUGACAUACAAAGCUCCACUCUCCUCUCAGCCAUUCAGUUCCAGCAGAUUAUCUUUCUCUCGCUCUCCCUCCUUUUGGGACUAUCUCUCAUUUUCUCCCCUUCUGAACUCAUCUAUUUCUCUCUUUAUGUAUUUUUGGCUGUGCAGCAAGGCCUUUUUUUCUUUGACGUGAUGGAGCAAACAAAGACACUUACAGUGAACUAAAAGUGACCGAGAAACAGGAAUGAAGAAUGAAGAAGGAAUGAACACCAAAGAAUGAAGAAGGGAAGAAUUAAGGAUGGAAAAGUGUUGUCAGAGGUUGUACAUUUCACUAAAUUGUGUUGCAAUCAGAAAUUUAAAACAUCAUGAUUUCAAGAUUACAUUAGAAGUGCUUUGAAUGGAUCUUUUAAGGGACUGUAGAUAUUUAUAUUCCAUGUCACUCUUCCCUUGCAAGAUUUAUUGCAAAAAAAUGAUAAAAUAGUUAUAAAUGAUCAUCAUAAUCAACUGGUAGUUCAUAGUGCCAAAAUGUCAGUUUUGAGAAACACAGAAAACAUUGCAUUGUUAUGGAUAUAAGUGAUUGCACAUUAUCUCUACUAACGGUCAUCCCCACUUUCAGGACAAAAAGAUAAAUGUGUCAUAUAUAAUUAGCUAAUAAUGUAAUCAAAGUUCAGCAUGACACGUGUCCAGUUCACUCCUUCGGUGGCAGUAAUAACCACUAAUUUUAUAAAUUUGGCAAUUUUAAAUACCAUGUCUAAUGUGUGGUUUGGUGACUGUUUGAUAAUUAUUGUUCCAUUAGGUAAGGCAAGACAAGCCAAGGCAAGUUUAUUUGUAUAGCACCUUUCAGCAACAAGGUGAUUCAAUAGGCUUUACAUGAGACAUAAAAAGCAUUAAGAAAAGAAAAACAUGGCAAUAUAAAAAGACAUUUAAACAGGAUUUAAAAGAGUAAAAUAAAAUAAGCUAAGACGGAUUAAACAGUAGACUAUAACUUAUGUGGUGCAUAAAAAGUGAAUGCUGCUUUAAACCAACAGCAAUAUUUUAAAGUAAAUUAUUUGACACACAGGAAGCCAAUGUAAAGAUCUGAGAACUAAGUCCUUUAAUUCUUCAUAUAUUCUUAAGGUGAUGGUGGCUGAUUUUGGAAUUGUCCUAAUGUAGCUAUUGAAAUGUAUGUCUGAGUCCAGACUCCAGCAAGAUUUCUGGCUUGGUUUGUGGUCUUUAACAUUAGCGAAUGAAGCUGAGCACUUACUUUUCAUCAUUCUUCUUUGGCUCCAAAAAACAAUUACUUCACUUUUGUCUUUGUUUAACUGAAGAAAAUGUUGGCCAUGGUUGCCUGGUGACAUUAUGUAUAGGAUAUUUUACUGUUUUCCGAACAGUAAAAUAUCUGUAAUCUGAUCUAGUGGGAGCAUGUAGAUGUUGAACAGAGGCCUGAGAACAGAGCCCCGGGGGACUCACAUGUCAUUUUUGUGCUCUCAGAUGUGUAAUUACCAAUCAACAGGAUUUAAACUACUUUGGCACUGUGCCAGAGUCCCACACAGUUUUCCAGUCUGCCUAGAAGUACGUUGUGGUUGAACGUGUCGAAUGCAGCGCUGAUAUCUAAAAAUAAUAAGACUGAAACCUUUCCACUGUGUUUAAGUGGAGGUCAUUCAAGACCUUAACAAGGCCAGUCUUGGUGCUGUGGUGUGGUCGAAAUCCUGACUAGAACACAUCAAAACAUUGAUGUUUGAUUGUUGAAAACUUGUUUAAAAAUGGAGGGUUUGAUAUGGGCCUAUAGUUGUUCCUUAGUGAGGUGUCUGGAUUGUUCUUUUUUAUGAGUGGCAUAAUAACUGCAGGUUUUUAAGAUAUUAUGAUUUAAAUUUGGAAACAUAUAUGUAAAAAUUGUUUUGCUUUGCCUCUUUAAGUUACUAACGAUGAAAUAAGUUAAACCACUUUAAUACUGUAUUUUGACAAGUAAGGGAGAGGGGAUCUAAAGAAUUUAUUAAUAACUCUGGGGAGGGUCUUUUUUUUGCAGUGAAACAUAAGGUUCACCUUACGCCCUACUCCAAUAAUUUUUGUACAGUCCUUGAAUGAUUGAGUAAUGAGUGGAUGGAGGGGAUAGAAAAUCCAGGGGGCAAGGAAAAGGCCAAUAAACAUAUAUGAGUCCAGUGAAUAGUCUCAAUAUUUUCUGGUGUAAUUUAUAGAAUCUUUCUAAAGAGACAUGAAUGGAAUAUUGUAGAUGUAGGAAAGAUUAGAGGUACCCAGACUACAUAAGAGACAGAAACACACAGAUAAGGAUAAAGAUGAUGAAACAGCAGGAGAACAGUGGGAACAGUGACGACGUGAGAUUAUAUAAAGCGCUGUGAAAAGCAGUUGGUACAGAUGAGAGAUAAGGAAAGAAAAAUGAAUGCUUUAAAAGGGUUUAAUGCACUGCUACAGUACUUAUAGCUGACAGAUGCUGACUGGGGAAUUAAAGGGCAUUGCAUGCCAGUGAUUUUCUUUUAAACAUCAUGCACUGAAGUAUACACCCAUGCAUACACACAUACAAAAAAGAUUAACUGGUAUUUGUUAAAAAACCAAAAAAACAACAAAAACUUUUUAUACUGCAUGUAUCAUGUCAAUGCAAAUUCAACCAAAGAGCUCAAACAUAGCACAUUGUGUGCACACACAACUGUGUAUGUAUAUUAUAAUAUACAUUUCUGUAAAUAGAAGGAGAGUCUAAUAAAGUUGCAUAUGCUA